ACCACCUGAACUGGAAUGCAAUGUCAAAACCGAUCGCCUUUAUUACGAAAACAACACACCCACUGCGCUCUACUUCCCGUUUCGGACCAAUCUUAUCAAGUGUCUGUGGUAAUUAGUAGUGUCUGGAAUUUAUUACGUUUCGCUGGAAAAUCCAAAGAUACGCAGAUGUUCAUUUGAAAGCGAUCAGUGUCCUACUGCGGGACAAGAUGUCACGGAAUCAGCAGCAGCACCGUCGAACCGUGAGCGACGUGUUCAACAUCGAGGUGGCUGGAUCGGAGUCGCAGCUAUGUGGUGGCGGAGCCCUAGAUCAGCAGCCAAUUUUCACCGAGGUCAACAAGUGCUCGCCGUCGUCAUCGUCCAGCGACUUCCAGUGUACGAGUGAUAGCAACUUUUUGCUGAGGGAAGACGCGGCCUAUCGCCGGAGGAGGGAGCUGUACUAUGCCGUCGAUGACGGCGGUGGCGGCGGAGGUAAACAAAAUCAGAGCAUCGAAAAUGACGAUGACGAUGACGGUGAUGAAGGAGAGGCAGACGAGGACGAAAUACGGGAGCUAGGUGGGGACGAUGAGGACGGCGAGGAAGAGGCGAGUCAGUUUGAGACAAGUGGUGCGACAAGUGAUUAUAGCAAGACGGCGAGCCGAGUGGCAGUCGAUAGCUUUCGACGAUGGUCGGCUAACUUUGGCAAGAGCAUCAAGAACAACAAACGCAGCAUGUACAACAAGACGAUCCGGUUUAUGCCGUCGCGGCUGCAGAAAACCCUCUCGAUCGAUGGCGACCUCAUCACAUCCACCGCGUCCGAUGUGGAGCAGAUCACCCAGGAGCUCGAGCAACGCGAACAGCUCAUGGAGGACAACCCCCUGUCGGAGCAGCUCCGCAUCGAAGCCAUCAAGUCGAUGGCCCAGACACUGUCGAUCAAGCGUCAGAUCCGAGCCAAUCUGGCCCGUACGGUUACUCGACGUUCGGUGAGCCGCUCGAAACCGAUCAGCUUGUUGCGCAAAUGUCGCUACAGUAGCAAGAUGUACGCCAGUCAGUUCGUCAAACUGGUCAAAACUUCGCUGACGAACUUUGAACUGUUCUACGGCAGUAUGAAGGAGGUGGAGGGCCACUUCGGGAACCGGAUAAGUGCGUACUUCAAGUUCCUUCGGUGGCUCUUGGUUCUGAAUCUGGUCGUAGUGAUUUUUGUCUUUUGGUUUGUGAGCUUCCCGCAAAUCUUGUACUCCGGUAUGGAACGGAGACUGGAGCAAGUGAGCUCUGAAGACGAGCAGAACAUAACUACAAGGGCCAUGCGAAACUCCCGGGAUGAACUUAGUUUCACGGAUCUCUUCACAGGAGAGGGAUACUUCACCGAAUCGGUCCUGUUCUAUGGCUUCUACAGCAACGUUUCCUUUACGCUGCUCCCCGGAACUUCGGAGUACAGUCUGCCGCAUGCGUAUUUCCUAACGGUGAUCAUCAUGUACCUGUCAACUUUCGUAAUCGUCUCGCUCAGCAUGGCCCGAUCCUACCGGAUCAGCUUCAUAGAAACCAGCGGAGCCGUCCAGAACGUCCUGACGCACAAGAUAUUCUGUUCCUGGGACUUCGGCAUAGCUAACGAAAAGGCAGCGCACUUGAAGCAUGCAAGCAUCUACCACGAGCUACGGGAGUACCUAUCGGUGAUCAACCGACCGGAUGGGCCCGUUGGACGGUGGAACCGAUUACGAAGUACCGCGUUACACAUGACGGCGCAUUUGGCCGUUCUGGCCAUGAUCGCCUCGAUCGCGUUCGGAACCUGGAUGCUACUGCAGCAGUUCGGGCAGACGGAACACUUCACCACCUGGUCGGCGCUGUAUGUUUCAAUCACGACGAACGUCACUAUGCUCUUCUUCCAAUAUGUUUUCAGGUUUAUCUCAAGAAUGGAAGACUACCGCCGGCCGUCGACCGCCCUGAACAUCAACCUGAUGCGCAACUUCCUGCUCCAGCUGUGCAUCGUCGGAGUCCUGAUGUUCUACUGGCUAAACAAAGCCUACGACCAUUGCUGGGAAACCUCGGUUGGACAGGAAAUCUACCGCCUCAUCGUGAUCGACUUCGUAGUCUCCGUCCUCUUCCUAGCCUGCCUGCAAGCCUCUCGCUACGCCAUCAAUCGGUUCUACAACCGCUCAAUCUCCCUGCCCGAGUUCUGCAUCACCAACAACAGUCUCGGUCUGGUCUACAACCAAACUCUGCUCUGGUUCGGCCUUCUUUUCUCCCCACUCCUCUGCGUCGUCGUCGCCGCAAAACUUUUCCUCACAUUCUACAUCAAAAAACUCAGUCUGAUCUACUUCUGCAAACCCCAAAGCAAACUAUGGCGCUCCAGUCAAACCCAAACUCUAUUCCUAGUCCUGGUUUUCGUAUCCCUUUUCGGCGUGAUCAUCACCCACGGCUACAUCAUCACCCAGAUCCCGGUCAGCGAGGAGUGUGGCCCCUUCCGUGGCAACACCUACAUGUACCAACUGUUCAUGGAGGGAAUCCUCAAACUCCAGGAAGAGCACAUCUUCUGGAAGAUAUUUUCCUACGUCACCAAGCCGGCCAUCAUCGGCGGCCUGCUGUUGACGAUGGGCGUCGUCACGUACUAUCUUCGAGCCAAAUCCAAGGCCCAAAUUGCAAAGGUCAAACUGCUCAAGGAGAUGCUCUGCAUGGAGGCCAAGGACAAGGAGUUCCUACUGGCCAACAUCAGCAAGAUCACGCGCGGUAAGGAGUGGAACUUCGAUCGGGAUCUGCUGAAUGGAAGGAAGAGCAGUACAGCCGACAAGUACUACAGCGAUCCGAGCGGCACGUGGCGGUACGCCGAUAGCCCUCGGAAAAUUAGCGGAAUCUCCGUACUGAGGGACGAGGACGAGAGUCCAACGGGAUCCGGAUAUCAACGAAUCGACGAGUGUAACGAGGAACGAGUUCGGAUGAGGCGCUUCUGAAGCGUAUAUACUUAGAACCUGAAUUUACUAGCAAUCUACAAUGUUUUUUCGUCGACCUAUAUAUAUGAUUAUCUGAGUUUGCCUCAGUAUUAUACGAUAUAUUUAUUCAUAUUGAUAACCCGCCUUGUGAUGUAUUGAAAAUAAAUUUAUAGCUUUCCAAUUGGA